UUUUGCAUGUGUAUUAGUUGUCUGUGUUAUAUUUUUAUAGACUUAUUUUGUAGACGGGUAUAAGUUGCCGCAUGAAAGAGACUUCUAGUUUGACAUUGCUGUUUUGGGCAGGUAAUUUGUAAGAGUUGGUAGAAAAAUUUUCAUAUUGCUAUGUGGUCAUAUAGGGCAUUGGCCAAUCCACGGGUACCUCUUACACAGUAACUGCAUCCCAAAAACUCAGCCAAGGAAAAGGAAGACAGAUAUAAUCAGAGCUGCCUCCCUGUGCCACAUCAUCUACCAGUCUCUCUAAAAUUUCAUGGAAAAAUUCUGAGUUUCAAAAUGCAUAUAAGCAAGAAGAAGCUCAUUUUAUUAUUUGGAAUAGUCUUUUUGGAACAGAGUGAAUCUGCAACUCUCUCUCUCCCCAAAGUUCCUACUUGUGGGCAGAGUCCAGUGAAGCCACAGCCUUUGAACUACCUGAACAUUUUCAGUCGCAUCGUUGGGGGAAGGCAAGUGGCAAAGGGUUCCUACCCUUGGCAGGUGUCUCUGAAACGAAGGCAGAAGCAUGUCUGUGGUGGGACCAUCAUCUCCCCACAGUGGGUGAUCACGGCUGCUCACUGCGUUGCAAACAGAAAUACUGUAUCAACUUUCAAUGUUACUGCUGGUGAAUAUGACUUGAGAUAUGUGGAGCCAGGAGAGCAAACCCUCACCAUUGAAACCAUCAUCAUACACCCACACUUCUCUACCAAGAAACCAAUGGAUUAUGAUAUCGCUCUUUUGAAGAUGGCUGGAGCUUUCCAUUUUGAUCAGUUUGUGGGGCCCAUGUGUCUUCCAGAACCAGGGGAACAAUUUAAGCCUGGAUUUAUUUGUACAACCGCAGGCUGGGGCCGCUUGAAUGAAAAUGGCGUUGCUCCGCAAGUCUUGCAGGAAGUGAACCUGCCCAUUUUGACCCAGGAUGAGUGUAUUACAGCUCUGUUGACCCUAGAGAAACCCAUCAGUGGGCGGACCUUUCUCUGCACAGGCUUCCCAGAUGGAGGUCGAGAUGCAUGUCAGGGAGACUCAGGAGGUUCCCUCAUGUGCCGGAAUAAGAAAGGGACUUGGACUCUGGCUGGUGUGACUUCCUGGGGUUUGGGCUGUGGUCGAGGCUGGAAGAACAAUCUGCAGAAAGAUGAUCAAGGCUCCCCUGGGAUCUUCACAGAUCUUACUAAAGUGCUUUCUUGGAUCCACAAACACAUCCGAAUUGGGAAGCAGAGAAAAAGCUCCAGAGCCACAUGCAGUGAGCAGGAUCGCGUGGUCAGAGCAUCAGAGGGGGAGCUGCACUUCCCAGAAAGCCCCUUCCUAUAUUAUGAGAGCAAACAACAGUGUGCCUGGACCCUGUUGGCACCAGAGGGAAUGCACGUGCUCCUCAGUUUUUCCCACUUUGAUGCAGAGUCUUGUGACCAUAAUUACCUGUCGAUAUAUUCUUUAGAAGACACACUUAUUGCGAAAUUCUGUGGAGAGAGACUGGCUUCAUCAGUUCUUAUUGGUUCCAACGCUAUGAGGCUGAGCUUCAUCUCUGAUAACACAGAUUAUGCCGUUGGGUUCAAUCUCACCUAUAAAGCUCUUAAACCAAACUACCUUCCUGAUUCUGGCUGUGACUCCUUAACCAUCCUGUUUGAAGAAGGCCUCAUACAGAGUCUUCACUAUCCUGAAGACUACAGCGACAUGGCCAGCUGCAAUUGGGUCUUUCAAGCCCCCAAACAUUACCUAGUUAAGCUUUCAUUUCAGGACCUAAAAAUAGAAGAAAAUGGAGACUGCACUUCUGACUAUGUGAGCAUACACAGGGAUGUAGAAAGGAAAAAAGAAAUAGCUCGGCUGUGUGGCUUUGCUGUCCCCACCCCCGUGGUGAGCAUCACUGGGGUAAUGUCCAUCAGCUUCCAGUCCAAUGAAAACACGACCUUCAGAGGCUUCCAGGCUACAGUUUCCUUCAUUCAUGAAACAGAUUUUAACAUCUCUGGAUUAGAGAAUGAAUCCGUGUUUCUGGAGACAUGGAAUGUACCACCUGAAGAAUCCAAGGAUUCUGGUAUCAUUAGAGUUUCCAGUCCAAGGGAGAUGCUCAGACCUGGACUUGAUGGUCCCUUCCCAGCCAGACUGUGGGAGGCAGGAGGCCGUGGUCAGUUCUUGGCCAUAGCAGUUACCUGGGUGGUGAAAGCAAGCAUACAUGAUUUGGCCAAUGGCUCCCCUCAGGUAAGAGACCCCCUUCUCUCCAGCCUGCCUGGCCACCAGCAUCACUGUGUCUGCCGCAGCCCCACAGAUCACGGGCCUCCCACAGCAUUGACCAGAGGUUGGUCAUUCAUAGGUGUUUCUGGCACAGAGUACAGGAUUUGGGCUGAGUCUUUCUUCUCUUUAUAAAGAGAGAAACAGGAUUUAAGAGCCAAUUCCAGGUUUGUCAAUUGUGUCUAGCUUCACAGUCGAGGCCUUCUUCCUCUCCUGGGAACCCUCUUCUGCCCACAGGCCCUUCCCUGUUUCCCACUCCGUAAGGCUGUAGAACAAGCUACGGUCAUUUAGGAAUCCCUCCCUGAAGCCCCGUCUGCCUGGAGCCUUGCGGGCACUUACAAGGGGCCGUCUGACCCCAUCUCACAGGGUGACCAGGUACCCUCACUUCAUGCCGUUCCUCUUCAGGGGGAAUUCAAGCACCCAAGCUCUGUGAGUCUCCCUUCUUCCAUGGGUUUAUUUAACACUCCUUUUGUCUUAUUAGAAAAGGUCUGUCACAUAACUCGCAAGCUACCCUGCCUCCUGCAGCACACCUGGGGACUAUGACUUGGCACCACCGCAGCCGGUAGACUUGCCUCACUUGAAUCACCACCUUCUUCCAGCCCGAGUGCCUGUGAGAGGCGAUGGGCAGCUGCUUCCAGGGCGGGGCACAGCCACAGGAUGGGGGCCCUCAUCCAGGUCUGCAAUCAGCCUCACACGAGUGUCCCGGGAACCUCCCAUCCCCAGCGCCCUUCACAGACUCCUGACUUGCACACCUGCUCUCAGCGUUUCUCACAUUGCCCCUGAUGUGAGAACAGGUGAGGACCCUUACCCUGUGUUCACGAAAAGAAACUGAGGCUUAUAAAGGUGAAGUGACAGAGUCAGACAACUGCUGAGACAGAGCCUGCACCCUCAGCUCAAGCCCAGUCAUCCUGGCACGGCCCCGCUUUCGGACUAAUUCCACACUGCUCUGGCGUGGUGCCACCCUUCCCGCCCCCCAAUUGAUCCCUUCUUCAUUCAUUAUUUUCCAUGGUUGUGUGCAAGUCUUCUCUGAGCGCCAUCUUUUUGCCAGACUCUCAGUUAGGCUCUGGGGAUGAAAAGCAAAUAAAACAACGUGUAAUUUCUAGCAUAGGGUUUCCAAAGCGUGUGCAUCUGUCCUCAGUACAAGGUGAUAACCACUGUGACAUAUGUGAGAACUGUGUUCAGAGGGAACAAAGAGAAGGGAGUGACUUCCUAGAACUGUCAGGGAAGGCUUAACUAUGAUUAGACACUUAGGCUGGGUCUUAAAAGAAUCAGAAGAUAUUUAGGGAAACAGAAGGGAAGGCUUUCCAUUCAGAGGGAUUGGCAUGAACAAGGGAUCAGAAAGGCUACACAGAGGCAGGCAUCAGGGCAAAGGGGGCAGUCCUAUGAAUCUGGUGCUUUGACAGGGGGAAUUGAGUGGAGAUUACCUUAAAUUACAGCCUGAGUUCAGUUGUAAAGGGUCUUAUGUUGGUGCUAAAAAUGUUAGACUCUAUCUUGUAGUCAAGAGAUGGGAACUAUUGCCCUUCUAGCACAGGAGGAAAAAAAGACCUGUACUAAAGAAAUACUACUCUGGCAGUUGAGAAGAUGCAUAGAUGUAAAAACCCAAAUAAAAUAUGCUGAGGAAUACAAGGGUGACAAAAAGGAAAAAGCAGUUUCAAAAAACAUUGUGUCCGUAGAUUCAAUAAGAUUUGAUGACCAAUAAUGCUUAAAAUGGAGGAAAGAAAAAGUCUCACACAUACUCAAAUAACUUCCAGGUACCUGACUCAAGUGAUUGUGUAGAUAAAAGCUAACCAUAAUAGUAUUUUACCACUAGUGCCACCCAGGAAGCUCAAACCAUAAUAAUAGUUGGCAUUUCAUUCCUUACUCUGGGCCAGACCCUUUAUGUGCAUAUAAUCCUCUCAGUAAACCUGAGAAAUUGGUACUAUCCUUAACCCUAAAUUUACAGAUGAAGAGACCGAAGCUCAGUGAUCAAUUUCUUUGCUCCAGUAAGUGGCCUAAUAGGGAUUCCAAGCCAGGACUGUCUGA